AUGAAGUGGUCGGGUUCCGAAGAACCCGCAAUCAGGGAACCCGCGCUAAGUCGCGGUGUGACCCGGCAUUGUACCAUCGCGCGCCCGGCCGGGGCCGGGGCGGAAGGAGGCGACGCAGUGAUUGGUUGGCUGGAUCGUUUCUUCGAGAUCGGGGCCCGUGGCAGCACCCUUGGGCGCGAAGUGUUGGCCGGUGCGACCACCUGGGUGACCCUCGCCUACAUCGUGCUGGUCAAUCCCAUCGUGCUCGGGGCGGCGGGGAUGGACACCGGCGCGGUCAUGGUGGCCACCUGUGUCGGUGCGGCGCUCGCGACGGCGUCCGCCGGAGUGUUCGCGCGCUUGCCGGUCGCCCUCGCGCCGGGAAUGGGCCUCAACUUCUUCUUCGCUUUCACGCUGUGCGGCACGGCCGCCACCGGUGGAUUCGGGCUGAGCUGGCAGCAGGCCCUCGCCGCGACCUUCAUCGCCGGCGUCCUCUUCCUGGCGAGUUCGCUGUUCAAGCUUCGUUCGAAGCUGAUGGACGCAGUCCCGGAACCAUUGCGGCACGGGAUCGUGGCCGGCAUCGGGUUGAUGAUCGCGGUGAUCGGGCUUCGCUGGGCCGGUCUGCUGGUCGCCACCCCGAACAUCUACAUCGGGCCCGGCGACCUCGGGGCGCGCCCCGUGCAAGUUGCCCUGGUGGGGCUCAUCGUCACCGCCAUCCUCGUGAUCCGGCGGGUACCCGGAGCGCUGCUCAUCGGCGCCGGGGUGUCGGGCGCUGCCAGCCUGGGGUUCGGGCUCACCCAGUUCACCGGGGUGGUCUCGGCGCCCCCCUCGAUCCUCCCGACGUUUCUUGCGCUGGACUUCGGAGGUCUCUUCGCGGCGCCCACCUGGAUCCUUGCGGUGGUCAUGCUCCUGAUCGUGGACAUGUUCGACACGAUGGGGACCCUGCUCGGCGUUACGAGCCGUGCCGGGUUGAUGGAGGACGGACAGAUUCCCCGAGCCGAAGCAGCCUUCGCGUCCGAUGCCGGCGGCACGAUGCUGGGCGGCCUGCUCGGCACCUCCACCAUCACCACCUACAUCGAAAGCGCCGCCGGUAUUGCCGCGGGCGGCCGGACCGGACUCACCGCGCUAACGACGGCCGGUCUGCUGCUGUGCUCGAUGUUCUUCCAUCCGCUGCUGUCCGUGAUCGGCGGGGUGCCUAUCGGGGAGGGGAUCACGCUCUAUCCGGUGGCGGCUCCCAUCCUGAUCCUGAUCGGCAUCUUCAUGAUGCCGGAGGUCGCCAAGGUGCCCUGGGACCGUCCGCUGGCGGCGAUCCCGGCGUUCUUCGUGGUGGUGGGAAUGCCCCUGACCACCAGCAUCACGAACGGGAUCGGCGCGGGCUUCAUCGCCUGGUCGGCUCUCCACCUGCUCUCGGGGAAGGGCCGGGACGUCUCCUUGGUGAUCCACGCCCUGGCCGGGCUCUUCGUGCUUCUCUUCCUGCUCGAGUAG